AUGAAUGAAGGUGAUGUAAAUGAGAUGCUGUUAGCAACAACGACAGCCUCUGCUGCGGGAGUUGAGGCGAGUGAACGGUGGUUGACGCGGGCAAAGAAGCGGGGAAACGCAUCCACAGCAUCUAGUGCUCUUGAUAAUACUACGGAGGAGAAUGUACUUUUCUCAGACACACGCACACGCAAAAAGUUACGAUCGGAGAGAAAUAAUACACAUAACAUAACUGGGAGAGAUCAUAUUACUACUAGUGAUACUCUAGUAAAGAAUGAUGUUAGACGUCCGUUAACAUCCUCUUUAUUAGAUAGUGAACCAGAAACACAUGUACGUCAACUGAUGGCGUAUGUGAUGAAUACACUAUUAGGUGGUCGUCAUAAUGCAACGAGGGGUGAUGGAAAAGAAAUAACCACAACUCCCCCAUCACGUGCUGUACUUUUAUCUGAAACCUCCACGAUGCGACCAGUGGCUUUAUAUCAGAUUCAUCAUAGUGUGUGUGGGAAGAAUAGUAUCACGCAGAGUGAGAAGACCGCAGAUGCUAUUGUACGGCAUCGAAGAAAAUUACAUGUAUGUAGUCAUGAAAGGGAUCUUGUGGGUGGAUUAGUAGAUGGUAAACCGCAGCAUACACGAAGGCAUUUACUUACACUGGUGACGGCGGCUCUUAAGGGAGAACGUAUGGAUAUUCAUCAACCAAUACAGACGAAUGUUAAUGCUGUAGAAGAGAAUACCAAGAAGACUGAAGUGGUAUUAUUUGAAUCUGCCAAGGGGAAAACUUUGAGUAGUUUUUUGCAGUCUUCAUCUUCUUCUUCCUGUUCUUCUUCCUCCUCAGAUGAUGGUGAUGGAGAUGAUUAA